AUGGCUGCAGUCACAUUAUACCUCGCAGUGGCCGUUGUCACCUUAUUGGUCAUGUAUAUCAAAUACUUCGGUAGAAAAAAAAAAGAGGGUGAGCCGCCAAUUGUCCCUGGACACUUUUUGUUUGGCAACGGAAUGGCAUUCUCGCAGAAUGCAGUGGAAUUCAUACACAAGUCUACAGCGCGAUUUGGAAAAGUGUUCACAAUCCGUCUUUUAAACCAACACGUUACAAUCAUAAACGAUCCUCAUUCUUACGAACAAGUUUGUAAGGAAAGGAACUUUGACUUUGAUGCGAUACAAAAGCAAGUUAACAACAAUGUUUUCAGUUUAAAACUCCAUGAUUCCAAGAAAAUGAUAAAGGAGGCUUCUAAGAAGGUCAAGGGCCAGUACUUAUACGCCACCAUGCAAUUGUUUGCCCACCACUUACAGGAGGCAUUCGAUGCCAGCACGGAAUCGACGCCUGUUGAGAAUGGGUGGUGCAAAGGCCGUCUUCGAGCGAUGUCAUCAAAGACCAUGUUCAAAGCAAUCUUCCGCACCAUUUUCGGCAAGGAGAAGCCUGAUGAUGUGUUCGAGCCAAUGACCGUCUACAAAAAUUUUGAUUUGUUCCACAAGUACUUCAAUUUUCUCUGGCUCGGACUGCCAAUCAAGCUUUUCCCGAAGGCGUGUCGCGCCUUGGAGAUGCUGGUACAGAUGCCAACAUCCAACGACAUCAUCAACAGGGACGACGUCUCGGACUACAUUCGUUACAGCACACAGUUCAUGAAGGCUAACGGACAGACCGAGGCUGAUAUUAUUGGACACAAUCUCGUCUUCUUGCACGUCAACUACAACACCUUCCGCGUGUCUUACUGGCUUAUCUACUACUUAACUAAGCAUCCAGAGGCUAUUGGAGCCCUCGUAGCCGAGAUUGACGAUACAGUACGUGUAAAAUCCGAAACCUGCGACGAUGAUUGCGACAUUGAGCUCUCUAUUCAAGAUCUGGACCGUCUGCCCGUUUUAAACAGUUUCCUGAACGAAACUAUUCGUUACACAAGCGGCGUGUUGAUGGUACGAGCAAUCACUGAAGAUACCGCGUUCACGAUGGAGGACGGAAGCGUCCAUAAUCUGAGGGCAGGGGACAGAGUUGCCAUGUACCCGCCAGCAAUCCACAACGACCCCGAGGUGUUCAAAAAUCCUGAAGAGUUCAAAUAUGACAGAUUUAUCGAUGCCAAAUUUUAUAAGGAAGGAAAGGAGAUUCGAAACCCACUCCUCGCAUUCGGUUCUCUGUGUCCCGGCAAGAGACUGGCCAUGACGCAAGCAAAAUGGUUUAUUUUCAAUUUCGCUCACCAAUUUGACUUUCAAACCGAAGAAGGGCAAGCCUGUUGUCCAGAUGUGAAAUACUACGGUAAUGAAAUCUUACCACCCACCAAUGACGUUGAUUUCCUCUACAGACGGAUAGAGAAUCGCCGCAGAAUCGAGUUCGUUCACGACCGGUUGUAACAUUCCAUUGUGUUCUUGUCGAAGUAAAUCCCUACAGAAACUUACAAAGUGUUGUUUUGUGAUCCUUUAAAGACAUGACAUAGUUUUCACCAAAAUAUGUGCAUUGUGUUACUGUUCUUUCAUUUCCACAUGUAUUUUUGUAUACGUUUUUGCAGUGCCUAUUUGUUUUUAAUUUGGCAUGUAUUCUUGUUUUAUAUU